AUGUGGGGAUGCCAUCUCGAUUGUCGAAAGCACAUCUUGCAGGCUGUUUGGAAGUUCUGCACUUCUCCUGUCUUGAAAACGUUCUGGAAACAUGGCGAGCCAAACUUCUCCUGUGAUUGCCGACAUGGAGUACCACACCGCACCGCCCUCCGCAAAGCGCAGCAUCGCCAGCACGCAUUGGAUCAUUGGCCAAGUGGUCAGUCUUGCCAAUUGCACACCACAAGUGAGAAGCGGWCGUCAUGCAAUCUCGAGGCCUUUGCAGCUGUUAUAAGUGGAGUCCGGGCAUGUGUAAGGUAA